AUGAACUUUCCUCUUCUUGUUUUUGUACUGUGUUCUUCCCUAGCGAUAACGGAUGCCGCAUUUGGACACGGAUCAAACGGUCCACUCAAUGAUGCAGAUGAAGUAACAGCCGUUAAGCCAACGUGCGAGACUGAUCGACUCGGUCAUAAAUACAUCCCAUGCGCGACUCCAGAUCUCAAUGAUUCCCGCCAUUGGCCAUGUAUCAAGUAUUCCGAUCUGUGCAACUCUCGCAAAGAUUGUCCAAAUGGAGACGAUGAGGACGUCCUUCAAUGCUUCUAUCACAACUACAGAAUGGAAGAGUUUAUGAAGCUCCGCAAGUUGUUGGACCAGGUCAGAGGAAAGUAA